AUGGAGGUAGAUCGACAGACAUUGCUAUAUUUCAUCAUUAUGCUCAUAUUUAUUACACUUCCCAGUGGCAAUGACCAGCCGCAUUCCACACGGGAAAAGGAGACCUUGAUCACAUAUCAGAAACACCUUCGACUGGAGCAAGAAGAAUUAGCUAAUAGCACCUACACUUCGGGUUACGGGAAUGUCACGGGAUUUCAUUUAUCCUACCAGGACCUUGUAGAUGGUCACAAUGAGACAGAAUGGCCCUUACAUCGAUUCAAUGAUAAACAUCAUUGGCGAGAAGACGAAAAGUUCUCGCUCUUACCGAAUUCCGUGAGCGACGUAAUUAAGCUGUUUUGGGCUCAAGAACCAGUGCUAAGCGAGCGUGACGACAAGGCCUAUUUGCUUAAUAUUUCAGGACAGGCAUUUGGAGAGUUCAAGAUACAUUCCGUUUCCGACUUGAAAAGAUACAACUUCACUCUUCCUGAUUAUCUCCAGAAGUACUAUGAUUCGUACGACCCUAAUCAGAAUGCUCCCGAGGAUGGAGAGCAAGAAUCUCCCCUUCCUCCAGACCCGAUGAUACUGAAGCCAAUUCAGAAAACAGGGAAUAUGACCAAAUCAUCCGGAAAAAUUUCCUUGCAAAUAAGUGCAUACGACUACAAUUAUCGAAACGCGGAGCUUUCGAAGUUUAUCUUCAACGAAACUACAGACAGAAUAAACGACACAGUAGUGGCGAGAGUGGCGAUGAGCUUGAAAGACUACGACGAGAUAGAAUCUCACGACUUAGAGACUAGAGGAGUGUAUUUCCAAGAAACUGGGGCAUUGGUAACGAUAACGAGAUCAGCAAAGUUCUUGGGUACUCAUGGAUUGAGCCACAUGACUUUGAAUGAGAAAAAUUUCAAUCGCGCAAAGGUACUAUUGGGCCAGUACUUGAACUUUACUGACAACGAACGAGACUUGAACCUUGACAACAUGAAUAACAACAUCUUAAGAAGUAGAGACAGCUGUGAGAUGAUUUCGUACUUCCAAUUUGAAAAGACGGAUUACACUAAACAAGAGCUUCAAAACAUAGACGAAGAGUUGAUUGCUCCAAGCGGUAGUCCCAUCCCUAAAGACUUACCCGGUCUCAAAAUCAAGGAAUUCUUGUUGUAUUCGCCUGACUGUGGAUUGCUCUUUCAAUCGAAGCCAGGGAUAGAAUUCAUAGGUUUAAAGUCUGAAAUUUACAACAUUAGAUUUCGACACGUAUUAAUUGGGCUCAUGCUUUUGAUAAUUAUCCAAUUGAUAUUGUUCUUGAGACAGAUUAAGGAAACAAGAACUCCUGGCCAAUUGUCCACCAUAGCAACAAACACAUUAUAUAUGAUCGGUUUUCAAGAUGCCUUGGUUGUGUUUCUGUUGAUUUUGUUUUCAUCGUUCUCGGAGGACUUAUACCUUAUUCUUGCCUGUGUUGCUGUUUUGGCAUUUGUAAUGAGUGGGAUAUUCGAAAUGAGAUUUAUAGUGAAUGUAAUGAGUACUCAGGUCAAUGAGAGAGGAACCACAUGGUGGCAAAUAUUGAGGGGAGGGACGGCUGAAACUACAAUAACUGAUCCUACUCCUGAACCUCAAUCUACUGAAAACACAAACGAACCUUUACUUCCUACAACGAAUCCUCCAGCAAAUGCCCCUACCACAGCAGCAACAACCACUAAUACAACUCCAGGAAUGGAAGAGUCCAAUAUAUGGAAUAAAAUAUUUGGGCUUGGUGGAUUUUUAACGAUCGCAUUCACAUUUUUGAUCUGGAAUUCCACAUUAUGGAGAGCAAGCUACAGAAAGAUAUUUGAAUAUGUUGGGUUGAUUCUCGUGAACUCAUUCUGGAUUCCUCAGUUCUUGCGGAAUACACUUAAAAAUCGUAGAAAAUCAUUUUCGUGGGAGUUUGUCUUAGGCACCAGUCUUGUUAGGUUGGUACCUGUGAUCUAUAUAUGUCUUGAGGACAAUAUUGGCAGACACCGUUACGACCCAGUUUUGGUUUCAGUGCUAACCAGUUGGCUUUCAUUCCAAAUUUUAUUGUUGGUGCUACAGCUGUACAUGGGACCUCGGUUCUGGGUCAAUGAAAAGUGGCUUCCAAAGGCUUACGAUUAUCAGAAGAUUUUGCAUAUUAAAGAUCUCGAACAUAAUUUUUCAAAGCAGGACAAGGGAAUAAUCGAGUGCAAGUGCACUUGCCCAAUUUGUAUGACCGACAUCAGCUUGCCGAUUUUGACUAAAGAUGGCGACGAAAGCAGACGUAGGAAAAUCAACAACAAGUUGUAUAUGAUUACGCCUUGCUACCAUAUUUUUCAUUCCGAGUGUCUUGAGAGCUGGAUGAAAUACAAGUUGCAGUGUCCCGUUUGUAGAGAGAGUCUUCCACCAAUAUGA